UCCGAUUAUACCCGAACCGCACCCGACCGAUGACCCGAUUUGACACCUCACGUUACUCACGUCAGUGUAAUUGGGCCGUCAGAGUAGAUGAUACUCCUAUAAAGCCUGGCCCAUAUAAAUCCAAGUUGUACUAUUCUCUAUUUUCAUUUCGUCAUUUCCCUUAUUGAAAUUUGGCGCCCUAAAGUUAAGCAGCAACAGCUGUUGAAUCCGUAAGCUCAAUUCAGCGAAUCGCACAUUCUACAAUCGAAGAGUCAAGACUUACACGAAAUGUGCGUUGGGAACCCUUAUAAUUAAUUCUGUACUCGUGGAUGCAGAAUUGUAAUCAACAUGGAAGGGAAAGACGCUGAACUAGCAAAAAAGCGCAAGAUAAAUGAUAUGGAGCAUGAAAGAACUGAGGACAUAGGUGAAGCAAAUGAAGAAAAUGGAGAAGAUGAGAUGAACUUCUCUGGGUCAGAAGAGAUGAGGCUUGGCAUUGCUCGCCUUCAUGAGAAAGUCGAGGCAUAUAAUCAACUGGUUUCUGAGAUGCUGGAAUCUGGAAAGUCACUGUUCAACAAGCUAAGCCAGGAUUAUGAAGAGCGAGUUCUCAUGAUCCACAAAGAGCAGAUUGAGAAAUGGCAGGAAGAGGUGAAGGAGUUAAGGAUGAUUGAUUCAACUAACGAGGAAAUGAGUGAUCGUCUUAAUAAUGUCAAAUGCCUACUUCAAACUGUUCAUAUCAGUCAAUGAAGAUGCAGAAUAUCAGCUGCUAGACCUUGAUCCAUUGCCCUUUCUGCUGCGAAUCAUGUUCACAAGUUUAUGAAGAUCGGUCUGCCAAAUUUCGUAUGACUCUCUUAAUUCUCUAUAUAUGUGCAUAUCACUAAAUGAAAUACCACUUGAUCUAGCAGUUAUGUUUGCUACUUUGCUCCACCUUAGAUUACAGAAAAAGAAGUAUGUCUGCUUAUAUUCUAGCUUUUAAACCCUUGAAACUUUUACUCACUACACUUAGGUGGAUAAUGAGCUGCAUAUGAAAUACGAAGUAUGAAUGAUUGCCAUGCUAACUGUAUUACUAAGUACUCCGUAUGUUCUUGUACUUCGCUCAAUCUUUUCGUACAAACUUUUGUAUAAGGCGGUCUUACAGGAAAGACCACCUUAUAUGUGGGUAUUUUCGCGGGUCAAUACACACGGAUAUGGGUCUGGUUUAAUUUUGGGUCGCAUAAAAACCAAAAUUUCAUCCAUUUCAAACCUAAUUCCUGAUCUCUCUCCUCUAAACUCUCUGAUCCCUUUCUCUCUCCUCCUAACCGGAGUUGUUCUCUCUCCUCCGUCCGCCUCUUGGCCAAAGCCUAACACCGGCCAAAGCCUCCUCGCUGUUUCAAUGCUCCGCCGCCAUCAACUCCUCACCUUUCCAGAAGAAGAACAAGGAACACCGGUCGUGCCGUCGUUGUCGCCAUCACGUUUCCUCUUUGCCGCUUGUUGCGACCGCUGUCGCCGAUGUUUCUUUAGUGUUCGUUCGGUGGUUCGAACCAAGGAUUUCGGCGUCGCCGAUUCGUUUGAGCAGCGGCGUCGCCAAUUCGUUUGAGCAUCGGUGGAGUAGUCGAUGGUGGCGAGUUGUCCCCCGAAGGAAAAGCCUCAAAGAACUCAGUAUUGUUCACUUGGAUGUUGUUGGCUGUUGUAGGCUAGUUAUGUGAACUGAUGAAGAAUUGGACCGACUGGUGGUUUUCUGGUGGCUGCGACACGCAGAGAGGCAGCUUCUGAAGCACCGCAAGGUUUGUGUGGUGACGCUAGGCUUGCACCAUUAGGCUUGCUGUGCUGGUUGGCAAAAUGCAAAGAAUUGUAAUUUAGUUUCCAAUAUGUAUUGUAGAUGUAAAUAAUUUUUUUCAUUAGUCUAAGAAUAAUUUCAUUUUAGUUACAUUUUUGUUAUAUUUAGUUACAAUUUUAUGAGUUUUAGUUAAAAUUAAUUUUGUGGUAGUUAAAAAUUAUUUAAGUUUUAGUUAAUAUUUUUUAAGUUUUAGUUAUGAUUUUCUUGGUUUUAGUUAAGUUUUUUUUAGCUUUAGUUACGUAUUUGUAAGUUUUCAAUUCAGUGCUUUAGUUACGACAUUUCGAGUUUUAGUUAUGA